GAAACGGUGUAUUUUGAAGCUAGGGUUUCAAAAUACGUAUGUGGAUUUUCAUUUCCUCUUCUUUCUCUGUCGGAAUAAUUCACUUCACUGUGUAUUGUCAUGACGCUCGUUUGAUCAUAAUCUGAAUUCGGUUAUACAUAUAUGCAUAUCGAAUUGAUCUGGACUAUAGAGGUCUGUUCAGCAAUCUGGUUCAAUUGCUCCAUUCUUUUCCCAAAAGAUUGACAUUGUAAUUUGCUGUUAGGAGGAAAAGCAGUAUCCCACCAAUGUAAUAGGGGUUACAAAUAAGAGCAUUAACUUAUUUUUGCUCUGAAUGGUUUUAAUAUGGAUGUUGAAGUGCUUGAUAUGGAACCUAGGAAGAUAGGAAACCAAGGAAUUACCAAUGAUGAAGAUGCUGGAACCACCAACAACGGCGAAUCAAGUGGUAUAUUGGAAAAUCAGGAUGAGGAUGGACAUGCCGAGCCACACAUUGAUAUGGAGUUUGACUCUGAAGAUGCUGCCAAGAUAUUUUACGAUGAAUACGCAAGGAGAAUGGGAUUCAAUACCCGGAUAGGUCAAUUUAGUCAUUUGAACUCUGAUGGAAGUCUGCCCAUUCACGAGUUCUUGUGUUCUAGGGAUACCUGUGAGGCCAUGCUCCAAAUAGAACUAAAGGGGGAUGGGAAAUGGGUAGUGACAAAUUUUUUCAAGGGUCACAAUCAUUCCACUACUUGCUCUGGCAAGGUUCAAUAUCUUAGACCACGUCGCCAUUUUGCAGGGGCUUCUAAGAUUAUUUCAGAAACUUAUCCGACUGUGGGCACUGUUCCUAGUGGUGUUAUGUCUGUAUCAGAAGUUCCUGGUGCUAAACCUCCUUUAAGGAGAACGCUCGGGAAGUUUUCCCAAAACCUUCUAGACUAUUUCAAGAAGAUGCAGGCGGAGAACCCUGGGUUUUACUAUGCAAUACAACUUGAUGAAGAUAACCGCAUGGCUAAUGUGUUCUGGGCUGAUGCUAGGUCGCGUUCAGCUUACAGUCGAUUUGGGGAUACCGUGACAUUGGACACAACGUUCAGAGUCAAUCAGUACAGAGUACCGUUUGCUCCAUUCACCGGGGUGAAUCAUCACGAACAAAUGAUUAUUUUUGGUUGUGCGUUACUAGUAGAUGAAUCCGAGGCUACUUUCGUGUGGCUUCUGAAAACAUUUCUGGCUGCCAUGAAUGACCAAGCUCCUGUCUCUAUAGUGACAGACAAAGAUAGGGCAAUACAGUCUGCAGUUUCUCAGGUGUUUCCUGAAUCACACCAUUGUAUUAACAAGUGGGAUAUACUAAGAGAAGGCCAGGAAAGGCUGGCUCUUGUUUGUCAUGCACAUCCUAAUUUUCAAGUCGAUUUAUAUAAUUGUAUCAACACGACAGAAACAGUUGAGGAAUUUGAGUUGUCAUGGGACUAUAUCCUUGAUAAAUAUGACCUCAGAAGGAAUGAUUGGCUUCAAUCACUGUACAAUGCACGAACCCAAUGGGUUCCAGUCUAUUUUAAGAAUUCUUUCUUCGCCGGAACCUCUCUUCAUCAAGGAUUUCAAAGUUCCUUCUUUGACGGUUAUGUGAAUCAGCAGACCACUUUACCAGUGUUCUUUAGGCAGUAUGAAAGAGCUUUAGAGUAUUCUUACGAAAAAGAGAUAGAAGCAGAUUACGACUCAAUAUAUACCACACCAGUACUUAGGACGCCUUCCCCCAUGGAAAAACAAGCUGCUACUCUCUUUACAAGGAAAAUAUUUUCAAAAUUCCAAGAAGAAUUGGUUGAGACUUUCGUGUACACUGCAAACAGGAUCGAGGGAGAUGCGACUACUAGCACGUAUAGGGUUGCGAAGUUCGAGGAUGAUCUCAAAGCUUAUACGGUUACAGUAUGUGGGUCGGAGACGAGAGCUAGUUGUAGCUGCCAAAUGUUUGAGUAUUCUGGCAUUCUUUGUAGACAUAUAUUGACAGUUUUUACAGUGACAAAUGUACUUACACUUCCAUCUCAUUACAUUUUGAAACGCUGGACAAGAAAUGCCAAAUUUGGGCCUGCAUCUGAUGUACACCUUGAACUCCAAACCCCCCAAGAGUCUUUAACAUCACGAUACAAUAUCCUAUGCAAGGAGGCUAUUAAGUAUGCAGAAGAAGGUGCUACAACUCCAGAGGCAUUUAGUGCAGCAUUGGAGGCCCUUAAGGAAGGGGCAAAGAAGGUGGCUAUAGCAAAGAAAACGGUUGCUAAAGUUACAUCUCCUGGUUCACAGGUCAGUGCAAUUGGUUAUGAUGACAAGAGGGGCUCUAGUGCAAAUCAAGAAAUGAAGCCUUUGCUGUGGCCACGACAAGACGAAGUGACAAGGCACUUUAAUCUUAAUGAUGUUCAAUCGAUAACUGAUCUGAAUUUUCCUCGCAUGGCCCCUGUCUCUCUUCAACGUGAUGAUGGGCAUUCUGAUAACAUGGUGGCUAUGCGUUGCCUUAAGUCUAUGACUUGGGUUAUGGAGAACAAAAAUUCUGUGCCUGCAAAUAGAGUAGCUGUUAUCAAUCUGAAGUUGCAAGAUUAUAAUAGCAGGGCUACAUCAGGGGAAUCAGAGGUUAAAUUUCAUCUAUCAAAGAUCACACUAGAGCCGAUGCUGAAAAAUAUGGCCUACAUCAGUGGACAGUUAUCUACCCCAGGAAAUAGAGUUGCUGUUAUCAAUCUGAAGCUCCAGGAUACUGAAACGACUAUUGGAGAGUCCGAGGUUAAAUUUCAAGUCUCUAGAGAUACAUUAGGUGCCAUGUUGAGAUCCAUGGUCUACAUCCGCGAACAGCUCUCAAACGCGGCUGACAUACAAUCAGAGCCCCUAUCAAAAAGGCCACGGAAAUAGAGUUAAUAGAUGACAAGAUUCUUUAAUAGAAUACAUUAUUUGCUUUUCUAGCUUAUCUUCUGGCGAGAAAAUUGACUCCUCACGGGUAUGUAUAUCUCUUUGGAUGAACACGAUUGUUGCACUUCUCCAAGUUUGAAGAAACGCCACAAAUGGAUGGAUGGAGGGCUUGCCAUUAUCUUCUAAUAGUAUUCCAUUUUUUUUUUCUUAUUGCUCUUGUAGUUAGAAGUUUUGUAGAGUGUGAUUAUUGCUAUUGUAAAGGUUUAUUUUUAUUUAGAUCUCUGCCAUCUAAUUUUUAUGGAAAUGCCAAAAGAUUCAUCUUUGUCUUA